ACCGCAAUUAUUGCCGCAGCGAAGCGACAGGUGUGGCGUCAAUGGCGUGGGUCUGACCGCGCGGCCCAUCGCCCGUCGUAGAGCUCUCGGUGAUGGAGCUAGUCAUGGCUGCCAUCAUAGCGUAGCCACCACUCCUGCUUGCCAUCAUUCGCUGCUCGGCCAGUCGCGGCAGCAGUCCCAUUCCGGAAAGAAACUCCCUGAUCCUCCCUCCUCCGCACAUGCGCUGCGGCUCCGGCGGCGGCGGCGGGGUUGUCGUUUGCGGCGUCUCCGGCCGCCUGGGCGGGCGCGGGUUUGUUUAGUGCCGGAGGUGUACCGCGCCGGGGUAAAGAAUUGGGGGCGGGUUGGAUGCUGUGCGUGCGCGCGGAGGACGCGCUGGCCGCCGCCGCGGCGUCCGACAAGAUGCGCUCCGUGACCCUGGGCGGGUCGAUCCAGAGGGCGGUGCGGAGGAUGGCCGGCGGCGGCGGGAGGAGGUCGGGCGGCUCGGCGCGUGCGGGGAGCGGCGGCGGCGGCGCGCCGGCGAGCUGCUCUGGGGAUGACACCAGUAUUGGUAGUGGCAAGAGGGAAGGGGGGCGAAGGUGCAGCAUUCGGCAGUACAGGUCGCAGCUGGAGCAGGAAGUUAAGAAAUUGCAAAGGCAACUCCAAGAAGAGAUUGACCUACAUCUGGCAUUGGCAGAUGCCAUCACAUAUAACGCCGCGCUGAUACUCAAGUCUUCUAUAAAGCUUCCAGACAAGGCACAUGAGCUACUAAUUAGCGUAGCCUCUUUGGAGAUUGCUAUCACAAAGCUUGAAGAGGAUCUAAAUCACCUACAUUACCAAUUAUGCCAUGCAAGGAAUGAAAGGCUACUUGCAGAGAAUAACCCAGGAUGCUUGCUACCUUCAUCAGAUUGCCAACCCUCCACAGCUUGCGAUUCUACAGGGGAAGAACAUGCGUCAAUGUUAAGAGAUUUGGAAUUCAGAGAUUAUCACUCAAUGGAAGAAGAUUUUUCUACUGAACCUGAAGAUCUACAGGAUGACGAAAAAGAGACUGAAGGUAGAGAGCGGGUAUCUCUAAAUAGGCUGCUAGAAAAGCAUCGGGAUGUUUCUUUAACUGGACUGUUGGAUCACCGAAAAGAAGAGAUGCAAGAGCCAUGCUCUAUGGAAAAAGAAAGCAAAGAAGAUCAGAAGAUAGAUGCAUUGCCAUUUAGCCGAUCCAAUUUGACGAAAAGCAGCAUGGGUGGAAAUGUCUGGAAUAAUCCAAAUCAGCUAUCUGAAGAGAUGGUGCGCUCCAUGAAAGAUAUCUUCCUUCAUUUAUCUGCAUCUUCCAAGAUAUCACCAAAGGCGACUUUUGCUAAUUCAUCUUCAUCAGCAGAACGUCUAUCUGGUUCAACAUUGACAUCUUUAUCAGAUUCAUCAGUAAUAGCCUCAGUGUUGCGCAGUCCUUCAAUUGACUUGCACCACGAGGAUAUUGAUGAAGUUAAAAACUUCGACCCAUACAAUGUUAAUGGAAAGGAAGCCUGUAGAGACAUUGGAAGCUAUUGUUCAGUAGUUGAAGUGUCUUGGAUGUACAUCGGCAAUGACCAACUUGAAUAUGCAUCUGGAGCUCUGAAGAAGUUCAGGUUUCUUGUGGAGCAACUAUCAAAGAUUGACCCUUCUUCUAUGAACUGUGAUGAACGGUUAGCAUUUUGGAUUAAUCUGUACAAUGCAUUAAUAAUGCAUGCAUAUUUGGCAUAUGGUGUCCCUGAAAAUGACUUCAAGCUUUUCUCGCUAAUGCAAAAGGCCUGUUACACGGUCUGUGGGCAGCCUGUUAGUGCAGCUGAAAUUGAGUUUGUGAUUUUGAAGAUGAAGACUCCAGUGCACCGGCCACAACUCUCCUUGAUGCUGGCUCUUCACAAAUUUAAAACUUCAGAGAAGCUCAAGAAAUAUUCAAUAGAUAAUACUGAGCCCCUUAUGCUCUUUGCACUCUGUUGUGGGAUGUUCUCUUCACCUGCAGUACGGAUUUUCUCUGCUGGAAAUGUUCGACAGGAACUUCAAGAGUCAAUGAGAGACUAUAUCCGAGCAUCAGUUGGUAUAAACGAUAAAGGAGAACUUAUAGUCCCAAAGCUACUGCAGAGCUAUGCCAAGGGCAUUGUGGAGGACUCUCUGCUUGCCGACUGGAUCUGCCGGCAUCUAACCCUGGACCAAGUCGCUGCAAUCCAAGAGAGUUCAUCGUCACACAAGCAGCGUCUUCUUGGAGUGCGCAGUUUUAGCGUUAUACCAUUCGAUUCAAGAUUCCGGUACCUGUUCUUGUCCGACAAUAGUAGGUGCCAGAGCUGAAACAAACUGCAUUGCCUAUGUGCAGAAAGUAACUAGAGUGGGCAUUUUGAGUUUUUUGACAUAAUGAAGGAUGGAAAGAUUAGCUGCUGUACAUUUUGUAAAUCCUGGGGGUGAUUGUGAUUCUUCUCUGUAUGUAAAGUUCACUAAAGUUUUGUGCUAACUAGCCAACUGCCCGCACAUUUGCGCAAUUAGUUUUAAAUAAUAAAUAUAUAAUCGUAUUCAGUA